UCGUGGAAGGGUAACACUGUAGGAUUUGACUAUGGAAUAAGCACCAGUUACGCCCUGGACUAAGAUGUGCAUCCGAACGGCCAGUCAGCCACCAAAAAAGCCAAGAUGCACCAUGCCAUGGAUAAGCAGUGUGAAUCCUCUCUAGGCGUCAGGGAGAAGAAUCCAGUCCAGAUGCAGCAGAUACUGGGUGAUUUCUUCGCCAUUAUCCCCCUCGCGUUACUCACGUUUUUUUUUUUUUUUUUUUCCCACGGGGUCACUGACACAUGUUUCGUAGAAUAUUCGAUCGCAUCUGGUCUCGAAGGUCUCGGCCCUGGCCUCAACAUUCCAAAAGGGGGCGAAACAAGGAGCAAAAGAGCGAUCGUGGACUCACGUGCGAGGCAUCCAGGCGGUCAUCCCUGUUUCUGCCUGAUCGACGUUUCCAUCUCCCGGCUGUUUCCGGGUCUUGGCGACGACGCUAGUCUUUUCUGGGAAAGAAUGUCCGACAGCGUCUGGGUUCGACUGACCGCCUUCCUGUUUCUACAGCUCCCCUCAUUCUGAUGGAUUAUUUUGGGAAUCAACAUCAAAUCGAGUCUUUAUCAUCGCCGCCACGAUUAGUUAACUAUCAUCUAGUUGUUCAUCCAUCUCCA